GUAAGUAAAAAAGUAAAUACAUUUAAUAAAUGAUGUAAAAAUUUUAUGAUACAAAAAUUUAUAUUAAAAGUUACAUAUAGGAAAUAUGAUGCCCUUUUUAUUAAAUCUGUUGUUUUCUGAUGAUGAAGAUAUUGUGAGACCGAUUAGAAGGAGAAAAAGGUUUAAACAUCGUAUUAAUUAUUUCGAAGAGCUUGAUGACAUUGAAUUUAUAAUGCGAUUUCGAAUAAGUAAAAGAUCUGUGUUAUCAGUGUUACAACAUAUAAGAGAAGAGUUAGAAUUUGCAACAAAUAAGUAAGUAUAAGAAAUGGUUUUAUAAUUGCAAAUAUAAAUUCUAGUAAACAUAAAGGUAAUAUUAAUUUCUUUCUAGAAAUAAAGUUAAAUCUCCCAUGACACAAUUGUUAUUGACGCUUCGUGUAUAUGCCACUGGAUCAUUUUUAAUAUCUGCUGGAGAUUUUUCGGGUGUGAGCACAACUUCAGCACAUUAUAUCGUGCACAGAGUCAGUGAAGCCAUUGCUAGAUUACGACCUCUUUAUAUUCAUUUUCCAAACACGGAAGAAGAAAUAAGGAAGGAACAACGACAAUUCUAUAAUAUUGCACGUUUUCCAAGAGUGAUAGGAUGUAUAGAUUGCACACAUAUCCGUGUCCAAUCAUUUGGGGGAGAAGAUGCUGAGUUAUUUCGUAAUAGGAAAGGAUACUUUUCUAUAAAUGCACAAGUAACAUGUAACAGCAAUUUGCAAAUAACGGAUAUAGUUGCUCGUUGGCAGGGUUCUGUGCAUGAUAGCACUAUUUUUAAUAAUAGUCGCUUGAAAGCAAAUUUUGAGAAUGGUGCAUAUGAUAACGGUUUUUUGUUAGGAGAUUCCGCAUACCCUUCGAAACAAUAUCUUCUAACUCUACUGAUAACGACACAAAUUGCUGCAGAACGACUUUAUAAUGAAUCACACAUUCGUACCCGCAAUAUAAUAAAACGUCUAUUUGGUGUUUGAAAAAGGAGAUUUCCAAUUCUAGCUUUGGCAAUGCGAUAUCAUUUACAGAGAGUCAUGCCUAUUAUUAUUGCAACAGCAGUGCUUCACAAUAUUGCUAAAGAAAAUCAUAACCCACAACCAGAUGAUGAUCCAAAUUUAGAUUUACCUGCACCAUGGGAUUAUAUGCUAGCGGAAUGCAACAUUAACCAGAGAAUCAAUGACGAGGUUGCUGGUGCAACAAUAAGAACAGAACUGAUUCAUACUUAUUUUGCUAACAUUAGAGUAUAAAUUGAGGAAACCAUACAUCCCGAGUAUAAAUUGAAGAAACCAUAUAUCCCGAAAUGUUUUACAAUUAACAUACACGAACAAAAGAGAUAUUAAAAACUAAAAAAGACAUAAAGAACAUCUAGAUAUUCUAAAGUCUGAAACUUUCUAUCCUGUUGCAUGUGUAAUAAUGAACUGCGUAAGAAUCGAAUAAAAAAUGCAAAAACUUAAAAAUAUAUUUAAAUAUUUAGUAAUAUAUUAAUAUUAUUUCAUCUUUUUUAAUUUUAGGUACGUUAGAAUUAAGAAAAUUCUAAAUUUAAACAAAUUAAUGUUUGUACCAUUUUAUUUAUUAAAAUAAAAUACAGUUUGAAAUUACAUUACACAUGUAUUAUGUUUUCAUUUAAAUACCUUUACUUGUACAUAAUAAAGUAUAUAUUAUCAAGAAAAUAUCUCCCCUUUCUCUCUUUCUCUUUUUCUCUACGCACUCAUGUAUUUUUUAUAAAUACUUCGUAUUACACCGAACAAUAAUAAAAUUAAUAUAUUAUCUCGUAGUAAGUACAAAACAAAUUAAUCUUGUAAAAAAGGAACAGUUCUUAUUAUAUAACGUAACAGUGUUAGACUAAUCAAACAAAAAUAAAAUUUAAAUGUUAUUUUACAAAGUAAAAAUAUUAAUUAAAGUUCUUGUAAAAAAAGAAA